UGACUGAAGCCAUGAAAGAAGUUGACCAUAUCUCCACCACCACCGACUGCUGGUCUUCAAGAAGGUGGAGCUUCAUUGGAGUUACUGCUCGCUGGAUUGACCCUGACAGUCUAAAAAGAUGUUCAGCUGCCCUAGCCUGCAAGCAGCUUAGAAGUUCACACACAUUUGAUGUGCUGGCAAGUGCCCUAAAUGACAUUCAUUCCGAGUUUGAAAUUCGGGGGAAGAUCGUCAGAACCACAACAGACAAUGGCACAAACUUCCUAAAAGCUUUCCAAGUGUUUGGGGAAGAUGAGAACAACAGUGGAGACUAUGCUGAUGAUGACAGGUCAGAGGAAGAAGAGGAUCAAGAGGGGGCUAAUGAUGUGGAGUUUGUGGAAGUGUCAGCACUUCUGAAUGAAGAUGAUGGCUUUGAGUACCAGCUCCUGAAGCACCAGUGCUGUGCUUGUCAUUUACUGAACCUCAUAGCUACUGUUGAUGCAGCAAAAGCAGUAUCGAGUGAAGGAUACAAGAAACUGUAUCAUUCAACAUUUGCCAAGUGCAAUGCCAUGUGGAGCAAAUGUGGAAGAUCCACACUCGCAGCUGAAAAAGUUGAAGAUGUUCGCUCUCUUCAGCUGCUGUGCCCAAAUGCCACAAGGUGGAACUCCUUGUUCGAGGCAGUGGAAAGACUUCUCAGGAUAAUUAGAGACAAGGGAGAGGCAGCCAUCAGAGUCAUCUGCACGGGCUUAAAUGUUCCAAUGUUCAGUCCAGUUGAAAUCGCAUUCCUCACAGAGUAUGCGGCUGUAACGAGUCCAGUUUCCCAAGCCACCAACAUUUUGCAAGCAGAAGCAAAUAUCCAGAUGGGGUGGUUACUUCCAACAAUUAACCUGCUGAUCACCAAACCUGACAGAGUCAAGCUGCCAUUAAACGAACAACUGGAUGCAUACUUGGCUUGUGUAGCAGAUCACAUGGACUUGCUGAAAUCCUUCCCAGCUGUCUGCAAGUUGUCUGUGAAGCUGAACACACCUCUGCCUGCCUCAGCAGCGUGUGAAAGGCUGUUUAGCUGUGCAGCUCUUGUCUUCAGCCCAAGAAGAGCGAGGUUGGAUUCUUGUAAUUUUGAAAACCAACUUCUUUUGAGGUUAAACAGCAAAUUUUUCAGCUUCAAGUAAAGACUGUGUUGUUAAUGUGGGGGAGGACAUGAAGAAUGAAGGACUAAAAGGAAGGGCUGGCUGGGUUUAGGAAAAGAAGAAGGGAUUGGACAAAUGGACAGUGAGAGAACAAAAGGGAAGGAAGUACUUUCUUUUGAAUUUGCUGAAUGGGAAAUGAGUGUGUGACCGCUAAAUGCCAGUCAUAGGUCUUCAUUAGAAAGGUGCAUGUUAUGGGAACAGUGUUACACUACAGUUCAGUACAGAACAAUUUAGUUUUCAAGGCCGAUUUUUUAUUUUUUUUUGUACAGUAGGCUUUUGG